GCGUUCCACGUGUUGCUGGGAGCGCGCGACGGACGUGCCAGCGCCCGCGGCGUCCAGCGAACUCGUCAACAUUUUUUAUAACCCGACGCCGCGGCAGACAUGGGAAACGGCGGUUGGGUUGGCGAGAAGACGAAGGCGAAGGCGACGGCAGGACUCCCCGGUCGCGAAUCCUCGUGCGCCUCCUCCUCCUCCUCCUCGCAGCACGCGUCGAAGCGGCGUCGGAGCCUGCGCGGCGAGACCAUGGCCGACCGCUUCUUCCCCAACGACUUCCCCGACUUCGUCGCCGAGGCUUCCGACGGCGACGGCGAGGGUGUUGGUGACAAGGCCACGGGGCUCAUCUCGCUUCCCUACCCCAGGCUCGCUGACCGGCUCCUCCGCGCCGCGCUCCGGCUCAAGGAUAAGGUCGUGGAGGAGACGUGGGCCAAGGCGGGGCGGCAGGUGACGGACUACACGCUCUACACGGGCGGGCUCGGGACGGCGCUCCUGCUGUUCAAGUCGUUCCAGGUCACCGGCGACCGCGGCGACCUCGCCCUCGCCGCCGAUAUCGUCCGGGCGUGCGACGUGGCGUCGCGGGGCCUGCCGUUCUUGACGUUCAUCUGUGGGAGGGCCGGUGUGUGCGCUCUCGGAGCGGUGAUCGCGAAGCAUUGCGAUGAUCAGCUGCUUGUCACUCAGUAUCUGAGCUCGUUUGAUGAGAUAACGGUCACUGAGAAAGUUCCAAAUGAGUUGCUGUAUGGAAGGGCCGGGUAUUUAUGGGCUUGUUUGUUCUUGAAUAAGCAUCUCAGCGAGAAGACGAUCCCCCUCGAGCACAUUAAUUCUGUGGCGAAGGACAUCAUUAAGGAGGGAAGAAAGCUGUCGAGCAAGGGGAGUAGUAGCCCGCUGAUGUACGAGUGGCACGGGAAGAAGUACUGGGGUGCUGCCCAUGGUCUUGCUGGAAUCAUUCACGUACUCAUGCACACCGAAUUGAGGCCAGAUGAGCAGGAUGAUGUGAAGGACACUCUGCAGUACAUGAUCAAGAACCGGUUUCGUAGUGGUAACUAUCCCUCAAGUGAAGGCAACGAAUCAGAUCGCUUGGUGCAUUGGUGUCAUGGUGCCCCUGGUGUUUCUAUUACUCUAGCUAAAGCUUAUGAGGUCUUCCACGACGAUCAUUUCAAGCAAUCCGCUGCGGAGGCUGCUGAAGUUGUCUGGAACCGAGGACUUCUCAAGAGAGUCGGGAUAUGCCACGGCGUAAGCGGAAAUGCCUAUGUGUUUCUCUCACUCUACAGGUUAACUGGCAACGUUGAGUACCUCUACCGGGCAAAGGCUUUUGCUUGCUUUCUUCUAGAGAAAGCUGAUCAGUUGAUCGCUGAGGGGGCCAUGCACGGCGGUGAUCGGCCAUUUUCGCUGUUUGAAGGGAAGGCUGGGAUGGCAUACCUCCUUUUAGACAUGGUUAACCCAUCUGAAUCUAGGUUCCCGGCAUAUGAACUUUGAGAGACCCAACCCGUACACGUGUCUUGUGAAUUGUGAGGCUCAGUGAUCCAUAGAUCGGAAGAACGUGUGUUGUGUUUUCUUGUCUAUUAUGUAUUGUGUACCUUGGACCUUGAUGGCGCUUGCUAUGUUUGUACUAAAUUUUAGUGUUCCUGAUGUUGCGAACUUGAUCUUCUGUAACUGUAAAGUAUAUGUGUGAAAGGAUUCUGGCAAUAAGGAUCAUAUUUAUGCCGGAUAA